AUGGAUAUAUUCGACGAUAUAUUAAAACAAGCAAGUAGUAAUACAAAAAAUGCGAGUAAAGAAAUCAGGAAGAUCGAUGAAGCGCGUCAAAAGACUAAAAAAUGUACGAAUGUACGAUUGGCUGCGGAACGAAAACGAUCGAAAAUUGUUAAACCUCCCGUCGAAAAACAGAAAGUUUUAGUUUCUCUGAUAAAAUCAAGUCUUGCUAAAGGAGGUAUCGUUGUACUUCACCCAGUCUCCGCUUUUUAUUUUCAGUUUGUCAUUCCGAAAAAAAAAACGAGAGAUGAUUCGGAUGUCGAUAAGAGCAGAGUAGCGUUAUUUCUAAAAAAACAAGAGGAGGAAAAGCGGAAAACGUUAACUGAGAAAAAGAAACAAAAGGAGGAACUCAUAAAAUUAAGACUGCAAAGUUAUGGUGGAAAGGCAAAUAAAAAACUUGCUAAGCAGUUCGGUAGCACGCCAAUUGAGCUACAACAAAAGUAUGGUAAUGAUCGUGAACACGAAGAACAUUUGAAAAAGCAGCAAAUUAAAGAGAAAGUCAGUUUUAUGCUUUAUGUAUGGUUGAUAAAAACGUAUGUUAUUGUCUCCUAUAUGAGGCAACAUAAGAGCUAUUCGGACAUUCAAGCAACAUAUCUUUUUAUGACUACCACACUGGGCACAAGCAUGCAUAGGUCUGCGGAUCAGGAAGAAUCUGAUCGUCUCAACAAUGAGUUACGUGGAAAUAUCGUGAAGGCUCUGGAACGGAAGAAAGUAGUUGAAAAAAUGGCAGGUGCAGGAUCGUGCAGAAAUGGUCCUUACAGAAUCGCCAUUAACAAAAAGAAUAGUUUAAGAUAUUUGACGAAAGAAGAUUCUCCAGGGCCUUCCAGCUCAUGUGUCUCGGAAGGUAAAUCGAGAAAAAUUGAUACAAAGAUUGUAAGUAAGCGUCGCUUACCUCCAUCGGAGUCAAAUUUUCUCUUUCUUAUGAAGAAAGCAGAAGCAAUCCAAAAUGGUAAAGCGUCUCCAAGCCCACCACUUCCUAGUCCGCCUCCUGCAAAAAAGAAAACACAUAAUGAGCUGCUUCCGCGAGACAUUAGGGAAAUUAAAUUUCCCGAGGACAAAUCAAAGCCAACAAGUAGGAACAAUAAAAAGGCUGCUACUAUACAGCGUUCCAAUGUUACAAAGAGGAUGAAUGAUAUUCAAACUGGUCAUACUAAAGAACAGAAGGUGCCACCAUUCAUAUCGUCUGGAUCGACCUCUACACCUUCAUCACGGCGGUAUCUUCCGGGAGAUAUCAGAUAUCAAGGACCAGCUCCAGAACAGUCUCAGACAAGUGUUAAGAUGAAUAACAAUCCGUCGAUUGUAGCCAAAACUAAUGUGAAGGAAUCUGAUAAUAAAGACAUACAAGCAAGAGGACCUAGAAGAAUUAAUAAAGAAAACCUUGCAAGAGCUGGUGAUCAGCAGCAAAAUCCAUCAAUACAAAUGAUGUCACAAGAGAGAGCAAUUUCUCGUUUCAAAACCCACAAACAUUUACAUCUAAAAGAACAACGUCGUUUAGAAGAGAUGCGUCGACUAAGAGAAGAUGAUGAAUUGGAUGAGGAUGUUGAUGAUGAAGAGUAUGAUAGUGAAAUGGAUGAUUUCAUUGAUGAUAGCGAGUUUGAUGAACAUCUGAAACGCGGUGAUUUGGAAGAAACAUUGCGGUUGAUAAAUCCACGCUAUGACAAAAAUCGUUGGAAGUUAAGAGAACGAAUGAUUGAUGAUCGUCACAUGGAAGCAAGCUAUCGUGAUAUUGCUCGUGAGGAAAAACAAAGCUCAAGAAUAGGUUUGAUUGAGGACAUUCGAGAGGCUUACUGCGGUAAAAGCAUCACAUUAUGA